AUGGAGAGCGACAAUGGAGUGAAUACUACCCCCCUAAGAGACAACCCUGAAGAAACAAAAAACCAAGUCAAUGAUACUCUCCCAAUUGGUAAACAUAUUAAACUUAUUGAAAAACUCAAAAUAAAUAGCAUUUCAACAGGAGUAGAUUCUCACAGAAGUUCAGAAAAAUCAACUUCAAAUCAGAUCAACUUGGGAGAAAAUAUUCAAUAUGCUCCUUGUGGUUUAUCAAAAAAAUAUAACGAAAGGGAUGAUGUAGUGGAGACACUAACCAGCAUGAGCACAGGGAGAGCAGAACAGGGAGAUCAUUCCACAGAAACGAACGCAAAGGUUAAUUACAAAUUAAACGUACUUAGUUUGGGACAGUACCCCCUUGAGGGGGAUCAUCUUGAAUCUCAACCCAUCAGUGGUAGAUAUCCAAAUUGUGAUACACACAUAUUGGGCAAGAACAUCGCAAAUGAUUUUCCCCAUAUUAGUGAUACUCUCUAUAAACCAAAGAAGGAUAAACUCCGUUUUAAGAACAUCCAGAAGGUAGCUACUUCCCACAUGGAAAAAAAUUAUAAUUACAUAUGGGGGGAUGACAAUAUAUUGCCAUGUGAAUACAACUUGGAGCAAUUUGGAGUAGACAUUUAUGGGGCAAUGGAGGCGAACCUUUGCGGGGAGUAUGCAGGGGGCACGUUCGUGGAGGAGGCGGAGAAGAAGAAGGAGAAGGGAGAACCCACUCGGGGGGAAGGCAAAAGGAACGACGCUUUGGAGUCAACGAAGCAGCACAGUUGGACUGAAAAUCGAGAUGACAAACAGGCGGUAGAAGACAACAGACGGGGGAGAGGUGCACGUGGAACAAACCGAGUUGGAAGCAGCGGGGGGGAUAACCCAGACUGGGGGAUAACAUAUUCACAAAAUGGAUUAGCAGAGAUGACCCUCUCUCCGCAUUCCACAGCUGCGGAUUUGCUCACCUCAUUUUUUCCUCCACCCGGGAGGUCCCAUCUGCUAGGGAGGGAAGCAGCCACCUCUUCACUCGCCACUUCACUGACCACUUCAUUGACCACUUCACUGGCCACUUCACUCACCCCUUCACUAACCCCUCCACUCACCCAUGUGGGCAAGUUGGAGGCUCCCCUCAGCGAGGAAAUCCUCCAGCAGGCGCUCAACGAAAACUACUAUUACGACUUAAGGACCAACCAAGUGUGGGUUCCCAGGGGGGAUGCAGGAGGAAACGAUUUGGGUGCAUCCGAAGGGGAGGAGGGACUCCCCACACGUGAGGAAGCUACACAUGGAAUGACUAUACGAGGGGAAUCUACACCUGUGGCAGCCUCCAUUAGAAAAAUUAACGAUCAUGGGCUUUCACUUCUAUUUGGCAUUUUCCCAAAUGAGUGCGAAGUGGUGGAUGGUUUUGACAGCGAAGGGAGAACCAGAACCCCCAAGUCGGAAGACCCAGAUGUAAAAAUGGUGGAAGACACAAACGUAAAAAUGGUGGAAAACCCAAACGUAAAUAUGAUGGAAGACCCCUUCUUGAAAAUGGCGCAAGACGCGCUGUUCACGAAGGGGAUGCAAGAAUUCCCCCUUCUGGAUGACCACAUGCUCCUCCCAUUUUAUGCCCAUCAUGGAAACACACCUGUUCAGGAAAAGGAAGUGACCCAAAGAGGAACCUUUAUCGACGAGGAGGAAACCUACAUGCAGUAUAUGUUAGGGGAAUUUUCUAUUUUGGACCAACUGGGGGCACAUCACAAGGGGGGAAAGGAGGGAAAGCAGGGCAUGGCGGGCAAGGAGGAAGAAAUGACAAGCGGCAGAAUUGACAACGGAGGGAACCAAUCGGUGUCACCAAACUCCGUUCAGUUCGAAAGACGCUUAAGAGAGAACUACGAAGAAGACCAUACCGCUCUGCAAACAGGCGACAACUGGGGAAACGUCGAAAUGGGGAAUAACACAAAUUUGACGCGUCUGACCCAACUGGAGGAAACGCUGCUAUCGCAGAGAAGAAAUCUUUUUGAAGUGUCUCCGUGCGAAACGGAAGGUGUGGACUUAACCAGUUUGUGUAACCUUGGCGGGGAAAACAGAUGGGGUGAAAAACGGCAAGACGGUGGAGAAGCAGCUCAUUCGUACCAUUUCGCAUACCCAAUGUCUCGACCCUACGAAGACAACCAACCAAACGUAUACGUGGACCGCGACUUGAAGAACAUGGCCAGUGAGCCCAACAGCUACGACUACUGGUGUGAGGAGGGGAACCAAAAGGAUAAUCAUUACCAUGAAGAAAAUGUCAUGCUUAGUAAGAGGCUGUCCAAAUCUUUGGCUAAGUACACGUUAAUCGUUAAUGUGCCAUCGAAUACCACUCGGAAGGAUCUACUAGCCGUAUUUAGCAAAUUCGGGAAUGUAGAUUUAACCAUGGUGGUUUGUGAUAAGAAAUCAAGACACCCUAAUAAGGAAUGGACUGCAACAUCGGGAUAUGCCUUUGUGCGAUUUUCAACAAACCUGGAAGCCCAAAGAACCUUGAAUGCUGCAUGUGCAGGUGGAAUUCGAAUUAGAGGAAGCAGAGUUCGUGCUACGUGGGCAAAAAAAGAUUCCUACUCAAAAAGGGAAAAAGAAAUAACUUUCAAAAUUCCUUCAUCGAUACUUCUCAUCAACAUAGAUGAGUUCAUCUGUUCCAUAUGCAAAAUAAAUUUAUCAUAUGAGCCCAUAUUAUUUCCAUGUUGCUAUUCUUCCUGUUGCUCAGAUUGCUUAAGGGGAUACCUUAUCGUUCAUGCAGUUGGGGAGAACAUAGAAUGUCCCAGCUGUUCCUUGCACCUGUCGGAUGGACUAAUAAAAAUUGAUGAGCAUUCUAGUGGAGUGAUGGGUCUGCUGUACAAAAUUCACUCGAACGUUAAAAUUAAGUGCCAAAAUGAGAACUGCAAGUGGGUUGGCUUCCAGCACCAGUACGUUAACCAUUUCUUUUCCUGCAAGUUUGGUCUCGCCUAG